CAGUUACUCGCUCCUAAAAUGCAUCUUAUCUUUUCUUCAGGAAGUAGCUCGGGGAUUGGAGAAGCCGCUGCCAGACUUUUGUCUAAGCGAGGUGCAAAAAUUACAAUUCAUGGACGCAAUAAAGAGAAGCUGGAAGGAGUGAAGCAAAUGCUUUUGCAGAAUGGAUCUUCACCAGAUGAGGUGCACACAGUGACAGGUGAUAUUACAGAUCCGGCUGUUCGAGAAAAACUAGUUAAAGAGACUGUUCAAAAGUUUGGCUGCAUAGAUAUUUUGUGGCCAGGUGCAUUCCCCUACAGUAGCUUUGCAAAAGUUGGCCUAGAUAACUUCACUAAAUUUGCUGCAGCAGAAUUUGGUCGAGCUGGUGUGCGUGUCAAUUGCGUCAGGCCUGGUGUAGUUGUGACUCCGGCUUUCAAUGCCGCUUUUCCUGACAAUAGUGUUCGUAAGCAAAGUUUGAAUUUGUGUGGUAAUGGUGUGCAUUCUGCAGAAAGCUGUUCAGCAGUCAUAACUUUCUUUGGAGUUGUACAGAAGCUGUAUAACAUUCUAGCUCCAGUCCACAAAGUUGCCAACACCCAGCACUUGAUGGAGGGGGACAAGACAAAGGAGGCUGGGUUUCUCUCUUCUUGUGCAAAAAGAACCCUGCUGGGUUUCAAUGGGGCACCAGAGGACGUAGCAGAAAUUAUUGCAUUCUAUGCAUCUGAUGCUGCAAAGUUUCUCACUGGCGACUUUACCUGUGCUGAUGGAGGAAGAUACAUCAACUGUAAUCAAUGGGGAAACAAUGCCGCAGCCAAGCUAUGA